UGAAAGACUGGUUGACCUAUUGAUUAAUUGGAACUAGAUAAGGUAAAUGUAAGUCCUGUGGGAUUUAUACUGCCAGUGUUUGAUUUGAUUUGUUGAGGACGCCUCACCCACUGGCCUCUGAGUGUGGGAAAGCUAAUCCUGACUGGGACUCAUGGCUUUGUAAUGCUAAUGAGCUCCUAUAAAUAGAGGAGCACGACCCUCAUUCCCAACACAACUGACUCGCUCUCCUCAGAGAAACAUCUCUCCGUCUGAAAGAAUGGCUCCGACCUACAAGACUGACUACUCUAAACUUUCCAACAAGGAAAAGCAUAAAUUGAGAAAACCAGUGGUGGAGAAGAUGCGCAGAGAUCGCAUCAACAACUGCAUCGAGCAGCUCAAAUCCAUGCUGGAGAAGGAGUUCCACCAGCAGGAUCCAAACACCAAGCUGGAGAAAGCUGACAUCCUGGAGAUGACGGUGGUUUUUCUGAAACAGCAGCUGCAGCCUAAGACCUCGGCUCCACAGAAAGCCCACUUUGACGGCUAUUCCCAGUGCUGGAGGGAGACCAUGAGCUUCUUAUCUGGAAACUCCAAGGUGGACGCUGUACGUCAGCAUCUGAACCGCUGCCAGGAAGGCCAGAGAUCAUCUAAAGGCCUCGUUCACGUGUCUCCAGCUUCCCAUCAGCCCAUCAAGGAGAAACAGGAACCGUGUGCUCGCAGACCUCUCUGGAGACCCUGGUAGAUGAUGAAAGACUUUGACAGAAAAACUAGAUGGUGGUUUUACCAUCUCUUAUAUUGUAGGAGAUACUUCCUUUUCAAAUUUGUUUUGAAAGAAUCUUUUUAUGGUGCUUCUACCUAGUUUGUAGAAGGAAGUGGGUUUCACAAUGUGAAAGUCUAAUCUUCUACAGGUGAUUAUAUUCUGAUCAGAGGUUUAU